CAUCCACAGCCUUUAUCUGCCUCUAUCCCCUUAUACAACCCCAUGUGCAUCCACAUCCUCUAUUCCCUUAUACACUCCCCUGUGCAUCCACAUCCUCUAUCUAACCUCCCCUUGUACACCUCGCUGUACAUCCACCCCCUCUACCUGACAUCUGCCUCUAUCUAACCUUCCUGUACACUUCCAGGCAUCUGUGUCCAGUGAUAUCUCUUCUGUAGGAGUUCCCUGCUGUUAAACAUUUAUCUGGGCUCUUAGGGCAGAGUUCAGAGGGAGAUUCCUCAUCAUGCGUGCACCCAGGGUGAGAUCCGUGUAAGAAGUGACUUGAUGGAACAGGUGAAAUCUUUAUAACAGUCCAGGUGUGUGGCAUUGCAGGCUAUUGAUGUGUAAUGACAAGUCACUUCCAGCAGAUGGCGCUACAGGAGAUAGACCCAGACCUCCUAUCACUGGAUGACUUCAUCCCCCCUCACCUACAGAAGAAGCAGAUUCAGGGAUCUUCAAAGGACCAUAAUGGUCACACGGCGAUUCCUGCUGAUAAUGGUGCGGUCUUCAAGGCCACAAUGGUAUUUACUUCUGAAGAUACAUUGGAGAGCACAAGCCCACGCGUAGAGAGACGCUGGAUCCGCUAUGACGGCAUUGGGCCCACAGAUGACGACGGGAUGCCCUUUGCUUCCAGAUCUAGUGUGGACAAACCAAGGCAAUGGUACAAGAACAUGUUCAGGGUUCUGCACCAGAUGUCAGAUUCUGAGGGCAGUGACAGUGAAGAGGGUUCCAAACUGGCUGAUCAGCAUACACAAUCUCUCGAUGGAACAUACAAGUCCAGGUUUAUAAAGGAUCUGAGAAAUGAUCAACCAAAGUUGGGGGAGCAAUCCAGAACAAGCAGUCAGGAAUCAAGCAGUCUGCGGAUUACGGUAAAGUCCACCAUCAGAGAGUCACCAAGCAAAUCUAUCACCACGUCCAAUACUCAAUCAUCUCCAGAUUCAUCUUCCAUCAAGACACGAGCAACUACUCUGCCACGUCAGUCACCUCGCCAGCCAGCAGAGGCCCAGCUAUCUCCACGCUUCUCUUCUGGAGGGUCACAGUUUACAAUAAGCUCAGACAAUACACACGCACCGAAAUCUUCCACUGUGCAGCCUCCCCGAGCACUAAGCCACCACAGUCAGACGUAUCAUGAGAAACAAAAACCAACUCCACUUAAUUUGCUCCCCGAUCGCUCCUUUCGCAGUUCCCAAGUGUCAGACUCAACUCCUGUUGCCAGUAAGGAUACAUCAUCGACACAAUUCACCAGUAACCAGGAUAAAUACUCUUCCCUGAGAUCCACAACGUCUACAAAGAGUCCUUCAUACAAUAUCUCCAGGGAGCCGACAAGAAGAUCCACUUCCAAGAUCUUGGAGCAGCUGGAGACCGACCUGCGUCAGUUCACAGAUGAACUGGACAAAGAUCUGCAGGCCUGUGAGCAGCGCAGUGAAACUACUCAGGAUCAGUGUGAGGAAAUUCUAAUCCAGAGGUCUUCGGUCCCAUCAGCAGGUGGCAGCCCCGAGCCAACCACCAAUAGACAGCAAAUAAGUGAGAAUACUCAGGCUCUCUCACCUAUUUCUAAAGCUGUGGUAAAGUUUGACUUUGUGGCAGAGUCAGAAAAAGAACUGUCACUGAAGCGUGGAACCACUGUCAACAUCCUGAAGAAAGUGGACAAAAACUGGCUUCUUGGAGAACAAGAUGGGCGGAGAGGACGCUUCCCUGAGAACUAUGCCAGGAUUCUAUCCCCCGGUCAGGCAGAAGCAGCCGACACACCCCAGCUCUCAGCAAUCGCUCUGUAUAACUUCAAGGCUGACUCUGCUGCAGAGCUACCGCUACGUAAAGGCCAGCGUGUCGCUAUAACUAAGAGGGUUGAUGGCAGAUGGUUUGAAGGGCGAAUUGAAGGCUCUGAGCGUCUUGGUCUGUUUCCUGCAAGCUAUGUGCAGGUCCAUGACGGGCACCUCCAGGAGAAGAAGAUCCCCAAACUUAGAAGAGAAUCACACACUAAUUCUGUAGAGCAGGUCUCUGCUGAUGUAUCACUCAGAGAACAGCCCUGUAUGGUGAAAGCUCCUGCAUCCAGUGGUCUGAGGCAGAUGCCUGGGACCCUGUACCGAGCAGUGUUCAAUUUCUCCCCAAAUAACCCAGAUGAGCUGCAGCUGGCUAAAGGGGACAUAGUGACGGUGACACAGCGUUGUGAUGAUGGCUGGCACGUAGGUGUCUGCUGGAGGACUCAAAAAUUUGGAACCUUCCCUGGAAAUUUUGUUGCCCCGUGUGUGGCUUCGGAGAUUUCUCCCAAUUGAACAACUAUUUACUAAUCCACGACGGGACUGAGCAUGCCCACCAGAAAUAAUUACUUGUGCAAUGAAAAUGAAUGGUGUGACCAUCACUGUAGACAGAUUACAGUACAAUAAAGUUCAUUCUAUAGUUUG